AUGUGCCAAAUACUAAAAAAUGAAUCAGGAAAGUUUACUGAUUUGGUAAAAAAGUUUUGUAAAAGUGAUACAUAUAAACUUGAAAUAUAUGAUGCUUUAAAAAGUAAACAGUUAACAGAAUUUGAAAUUAUACAAUUAAUAAAUAUUUCCCCUAGUCAUAUUAUUGACUUGGCUUUAGUUAUUGAAGAAGUGGAAGAAAGAUAUACUGAAGAUGAGUUAAAUGACAUAUUAGAAAUUUUUAAAAAAUAA